AUGACCAGUGAUGCCAACCCGCACCAACGCUCUUCCUCGCCCUUAAAACGACGUGCUUCCAGCAUGGACCCCGACGCCGACGUCAGUAUGAAGGAGGAUGUCGAGAUGACUCCCGCCCAGUCCACCGAGGAUGCCGAGGCUGCUGCGCCUUCCUCCAAGGCUCAGUUGCCCCGCGCCAUGAGCGUCGACUUGCCCGAAAAUGCUGCGAACGGAGAGUCUGGCGCGACCCAAGACAAAAACCUCCCGCCGCUGCCAGACCAAAUCAAGACGAUCCAGACCUUGCUCAAGGCUUUUAACGAGGAGCCUCCCAAAGCGGGUGACAUCGCUUACAUAGUAUCGAGAUCAUGGGUGGAAAAGGCGCUGGCACUCGGGGGAGACCCCAAGUUUGCCAAGAAAGAAACCACGAACGAGCCGCUAGGACCUGUGGACAACUCAGAUUUGAUUCUUGAAGUUUUGCCGCAGCCCAAUGGCGAAGAUUUUGUGCGCAUGAAGCCUGGCACUAGCAUGGAGGAAGGCGAGCUCUUCCCAGAAGAUGCGUGGACGCUCGUGUCGGAGUGGUAUGGCGUGAAGAAUGGACAAAAGCCCAUCGUUCGUCGUGCUAUCAACACGGCCCCAGACGCGGCAAGCCCUCCCAACAUCGUCUUUGAGCUCAACCCGCCCUUCUUUACUAUUCACAGGUUGUGGUCGCUGUCCAGUCCCUACCAGAUCGAUGACGAUCUCAAAACAAAGCCCCCGCUGGUUCUCGCCCGAAGCGCCACUACGCCGUACAACCCCUUUUACAAGGAGCUGAAGGAGCUUACGCGCAUUCCUCUAGACCGCAAGAUGCGCGUAUGGCAAGUCACGCAGAAACCAGUUGCGCAAGCGACGCAGGAGGCAUCACCUCCAUCCGCGCUCACACCACCCGACUCUCCUAACUUGGACAAGGAUUCGACGGACCCUUGGCAACAUCUGCUCGUAGAAGUGCCCAACUUCUUAAAGAUUGAGUCUUCAGAUCGGAUCAAGGUUCCCGCCGUCGACAAUACUGCCAACCCUAACUACAACGGCAACUCGCCGGUGUCUGUGUAUGGCCUAACCCAAGAUUUGACCCUCGUUCUCGACGAGGAAAUUUCCAAAAACCAAUGGGUAUCCAACUACUUCAAGGGAGCUCGCAAUGAUAAGAUCAUUCCCUCGCGAGGGAGCGCCUCAAGCCUGGCUACCCAGAGCAAGAACAACAGUGGAAGGAGCAGCCCUGCUCCCGGGCCGGUGACCAGGGGCAGGACGCAGAAGAAGCCAGGAAGAGGCUUAGGCGCCGUUGGCUUACAGAACCUGGGAAACACUUGCUAUAUGAACUCGGCCCUCCAGUGUGUUCGCAGCGUUGAGGAGUUGACCAAGUACUUCCUGACCAACGAGUACGAGAAGGAGAUCAACAAAGCCAAUGCCCUCGGCUAUAAGGGACAGGUGGCUAUGGCAUAUGGCGGUCUUCUGAAGGAGAUUUACGCGGAUUCGCGCGGCGCAGUCAGCCCCCGUGACUUCAAGAACACUGUUGGCCGCGCUCGCAGUACCUUCCAAGGUUGGGGCCAACAAGAUACACAAGAGUUUCUGGGUUUCCUCCUCGAUGCCCUGCAGGAAGAUCUUAGUCGCAUCAAGAAGAAGCCGUACAUAGAGAAGCCGGACUCCACUGAUGAGAUGAUCGGAGACGAGGAGGCCAUUCGUAAGAUGGCAGAAGAGGUUUGGGAUAUCACCCGAAAGCGCGAUGACUCGGUCAUUGCAGACCUUUUCACCGGAUUGUACAAGUCGACCUUGAAGUGCCCCGUCUGCGACAAGAUUAGCAUCACUUUCGAUCCUUUCAACAACCUGACUUUGCCGCUUCCAGUGGAGGACAUGUGGAGUAGAACGGUCAAAUUCCUGCCACUCAACGACGCGCCGGUCCAGAUUGAGAUUGAACUUUCAAAGCACAGUGCUAUUGAGCAGCUGAAGAAGGCCAUCUCUGAAAAGACCGGUGUGCCCGUCGAGCUGUUGCUGGGAGCUGAAGAAUUCAAGGGCAAGUUCUUCAAAAUCUACGACGAUAGCAACGACGUUUCGGAUGAGAUUCAGUCAAAUGACAUCCCUACCUUCCAUGAGCUGGAGGCGGCACCGACCAACUACCCCCCCAAGGCCAAGAAGAUGGGUGCCCCCAGCUCCAUGCUGGAUAUCAGCGAUGAGCCUUGGGUUGACCCGCGCACCGAGCGCAUGGUUGUGACUGUCCUCCAUCGUAAGCGUGGUGGCUCAUCUUACCGCCUGAGAGGAGACGACGUGGUCUCACCUCCUCACUUCAUUGUCCUCACUCCUGAAGAGGCUCGCAAUGAAGACGCUAUCCGCCGUAAAGUCCUGGAAAAGGUCGCCACUUUUUCCACAUGGUCUGAGUUCUCCGAGACUGACGACAGUACUGAUGCCGACAUGGUCAUCACGUCCCAGUCGGAUGCCGAUUCGUCGGGAGACAGUAAGGUUGUUUCCCACUCGGUAGAGGGAGAAGAUGACAUUGUGGAUGUAUCCAUGGUCGCAGGUGGUGACCAGGCUAGCCGACGAGCUCUGAAGCAGUUUAACACCAGCCGGCCCAAAUGGGUCAACGCCAAAGCUUACCUUCCUCCCCAGCUUCAAAACCUGUUUGAGCUGAGCUACUUUCCCGAGAACGGAGACUCGCCGCUACCGACAGGUUGGAACUCGGUUGACGACAACAAGAACUUCCGCACUCUGGCUUCCAGAGCACCCGAAACUGUGACUGAGCAAGACUCCAACAGCCCCGACUCUACCAACAGUGCCGACAGCGAGCACGAGAGUGCCAGCGAGGAGCAAUCUCCUCAGUCGGUUGAAGAACAGACUCGCAUGGCAGAGGAGUCGGAGGAGGACGAGCCUGUCCGGCUUCCCAAGGCCGCCCGGGGCAGAGGCAACGCCAAGGUUGGCGGGGCUCGCCGUAAGUUCAACAAGGGUAACAAGACCUACGGAAAGAAGGGCAACAAGCGGCGCAACAAGGAAAUGCGGAACAGCAAAGAACAGUCAUACCAUGUCGUCGACGUUGCUCCCCAGCCGUCGCCUCUGGACGACGUUCCUGGUGGCCCGCUUGUCCGUCUCGGUGAGGGCAUCAUCGUCGACUGGACUGAGGAGUCCUGGGACAUGGUCUUCGGCAAGGAUUCCCGUGAUGAGGAAGACACGCGGGGCCAGAAGACCUUUGUCGAUCCCGAGAAACUCAGGGACCCUGUUCUGGAGCAGAAGCGGAAGGCGCGCAUGACACGCAAGAAGCAAGGUAUCACCCUCGACGAGUGUUUAGACGAGUUCGAGAAGGCCGAGGUGUUGUCCGAGCAGGACAUGUGGUAUUGCCCACGCUGCAAGGAACACCGACGAGCCAGCAAGAAGUUUGAUCUUUGGAAGACGCCGGACAUUCUCGUUGUCCAUCUGAAGAGAUUUAGCAAUGCUGGUUGGCGACGUGACAAGCUCGAUGUUCUAGUUGACUUCCCCAUCGAAGGCCUCGACCUCCACAAGCGCGUCCUCUGCCAGGAGACCGGUAAGGAAGAGAUUUACGAUCUUAUUGCCGUCGACGAUCACUUCGGUGGCCUCGGUGGUGGUCAUUACACAGCCUACGGCAGAAACUUCAUUGACGGACACUGGUACAAUUACAAUGGUACGUACAGAUCCCGAAAAAAAUUCUUAUUGAUACUUGCUUACCAGAAGCAGACACUUCGGUCAGUAAGACCACGCCAGAGAGCGUAG